GGUGACAGGGACCCGGUCUCCGCGCGUCUUCGCCGACUCACUCCCUGACCCGGCUAGGCACUGAGCCACAAGUGGAGGCUGUGCCCCUCCAGUUCUGCCUUCAUAGUUCCUGGGCUUCACCCAAAUACUGCAAAAAAUGAACAAAUCCCAGAAUGAAUAGCAAUAUGCCAUUUCAGGGAUCUGUUUCAUUCACGGAUGUGACUGUGGACUUCACUCAGGAGGAAUGGGAGCAGCUGGACCCCUCCCAAAGGAUCCUGUACAUGGAUGUGAUGCUGGAGAAUUACAGCAACUUACUGUCAGUGGAGGUGUGGAAGGCCGACGACCAGAUGGAGCGGGACCGCAGCAGCCCAGAUGAGCCGGCGAGGCCGUUUAUCAUUUUUAAGAACCAAACCCCAAUGGAGGAAAGAGGUAAUCUCUUCGGAAAAACAUUUAAUCUGAGCACAGAUUUUGUUUCUUUAAGGCAAGUACCCUAUAAAUACGACUUAUAUGAAAAAACUUUGAAAUCGAAUUCAGACUUACUUAAUAGUAAUCGAAGCUACAUAAGAAAGAGACCUGAUGAGUGUAAUGGAUUUGGGAAAGCACUCCUCUAUCUGAAGCAAGAGAAAACCCAUAAUGGGUUAGAGUACUCCGAAUAUAACAAAAGUGGAAAAGUCUUUAAAGAAGGCAUUUUUAAACAUCAGAAAAUAAGAAAUUUGGUACAACCUUUUAUUUGUAAUUACUGUGACAAGGCUUUCUCCUUUAAGUCACUCCUCAUCAGUCACAAGAGAAUACACACUGGAGAAAAACCUUACGAAUGUAAUGUAUGUAAGAAAACCUUCUCCCAUAAGGCAAACCUCAUUAAACAUCAAAGAAUUCACACAGGGGAGAAACCCUUUGAAUGUAUUGAAUGUGGAAAAGCCUUCACCCACCAGUCAAACCUCAUUGUCCACCAGAGAGCACAUAUGGAGAAGAAGCCUUACGAAUGCAGUGAUUGUGGCAAGACAUUUGCCCAGAAAUUUGAACUUACUACACACCAGAGAAUUCAUACGGGAGAACGACCCUAUGAGUGUAAUGAAUGUGCAAAAACCUUCUUCAAGAAAUCCAACCUCAUUAUACAUCAGAAAAUUCACACCGGGGAGAAGCGCUAUGAGUGCAGUGAAUGUGGGAAGUCCUUUAUCCAGAACUCUCAACUCAUUAUACACAUGAGAACUCAUACGGGAGAGAAACCCUAUGAAUGUACUGAAUGUGGCAAAACCUUCAGCCAGAGGUCAACUCUGAGAUUACAUUUGCGAAUCCAUACAGGAGAGAAACCAUAUGAGUGUUCCGAAUGUGGGAAGGCCUUCAGCAGGAAAUCCCGCCUCAGUGUCCAUCAAAGAGUUCACCUGGGGGAAAAGGCCUGAGACUGCAGGCAGCCGGGCCUGUGGCAACCCCUCCCACCCCAGCCCUUCCCGAGGGGAAGAAACCGCACAAAGGUACUGAAGGAACAUGGAAAUUCACAGUGAGCUACAAUCCAUCACAUCGAAAAAUGUGUAAAAACAGGGUCCCCUCCGUACAGUGUUAGACCAGAAGUUAGCUGUGAUGCCCAGCUAAAGAAGAUCUAGCAGCUUAUAGCCAAGUGUAAACAGACAUGCUCAGUUGUAUUACAGUGUGUAUUUUAAAAUCUUGAAUUACCCAAGAAUGAAAUAUUCUGGGCAGCAGCAUAAAGGAUCAGUACCUUAGGAAUUUAGCGGUUAUGUGUGAUCCUAUCUUGGGUCUACACAUGUAGAUUUGACACAGUCACUGGGAGUUUGAGAUUCUUGUCCUCUGACAGUAGGGGCACAAAUAAGAUUUUCCAUGCUAAACAUCACGUGUUUUUCAGUACCUUUCCAAGUCCGUAUGCAUUCCACGUGAAACGCGUGACAGUCUCUGUGGCGUAUGGCCGCUGUUCUCUCCUCCUUGCUGCCCUAGAGAGUCGGUCUGCCAUCGGUCUGCCUCUUCACUAAACAGAAGACAACGUUGAAGUUUUAACUUGCUUCUGGGGUUGCUGGAAAACAUUCUUCCCAUCAGUAUGUAAGUGAGCGAUCAUCAGGAGGGGAUUGGGGGAGUGCAGGAGCCCGGUGGGCCGGCACCCCGUGCCCCAGCCCACGAGGCGCCAUCGCUGGUGUGCAGCUGCCGUGCAGGUGCUUACUCCGGAUGCAUGUCGUUCAACAUAGUGUAUAACCCAGAAACUACGUGUACUUUUAUUUGUGCGUUUCCCUAUUUCUCCUAAUAUUUUACAAAUUGUCUUACAAAAAAGUAGGAUGUGUAUGUGGUUCGCAGAUGUUACAUUUUAGAGACCUUAGAGAAAAAAUUUAAGAAACUGUCAGUAAAUGUGUUACUGCUUUUUAAAAUGUCCAUGUGCACAACACACUUUAGAAAUGCAUUCUUGCCACAUUCUGUUUAAAGGAGGCAUUUCCACUCCCUGAGUUUCAUGGUCACCUACCGAAAGCAUCUCCCUUCGGAAGUCAAGUAGAAGUUAAGCCUUGCCUUUAAAGGUUCACAAACACCUUAGAAGUUAGACUUUUCGGUGAUCUCUCCAUAUGUUUAACAAUUAACCUAAAAAGCUUUUCGCAUAACUCAGAGGCAAACCAUCUUAGUAUUGAUUUCAGAUUCCCAAGUUUCUCUCCUGAUCUGUCAUAAAUCGCACACCAGAUUUGUCACCGGCAACUAUAACUGGCCUUGUGUCUUCCUUGUUCCUGAAUGUCACUGAUGUGUGUGAAUCUGUAUGAGUGGGAGAGACUUUCUGAACAGAUUUACCAGAACAGCUAUAGUCCAGGAAAUCUCUUUCUAAAUUGUCAUCUUGUCUACUACCAACAAGGAAGCAGGGGAAGAGAUUCAUUUCAUACACCGCUGUUAGAAAUGUGUCAGGUGUGACUCUUAACAUUAAGAAUACACCUACCCUUCAGUCCAGGAGUCUCACUCCUGGGACUCUAUCCCUAAGACAACAAAGUGCCAGUACUUAAGAUUAUAUGUUUAUCAACGUAUAUUGUAUUUUUUGAUAAGGACAAAAAAAGGAAACAAUGAAUGACCAUCAGAAAGAGAAUGAUUGAAUAAACUGCAGUAAAAAUGUACCAUGGCUGGACGGUAUUCCAUGGAAAAGAAUGUGUAGGAGCAAAUACCUCCAGGUCAGAUGAAAAGAAGAGAGGGCGGGGGGAGAGGUAAAGGGGAGAGAGCGUUUGUGUGUGUACACAUUUUUAAAAUAAAGA